AUGGCCUCUUCACCCACCGAUUCAAACCCUCCUUCCGCCGUUCCCCUCCCACUUUCCUUACCUGCCCCACCACCACCGACCACCUCCCGUCGUCUUCCUCCACCCUGCUGGACACCGGAGGAAACCUCUGCCCUAAUCGAUGCUUACCGUGACAAAUGGUACUCUCUUGGCCGAACAAAUCUCAAAGCCAUCCAUUGGCAGGAAGUUGCCGACGCUGUCACCGCUCGUUGCCCUAAUGCUUCACCGACGAACAAAACCGCCGUUCAGUGCCGUCACAAAAUGGAGAAACUCAGGAAACGUUACCGAUCUGAGAUUCAAAGACUCAGAUCUCUCCCGAUUCCGCGAUCUCGUUCUUCUUCCUCGUGGGUUCAUUUCAAAUCCAUGGAUUCCAUGGAAAAAGGUCCUUCUCCGCCUUCUCCACCCUCUCCACCACCAAAUCUUGAAAAUCAUAACAAUCUCAACCACCGUGAAACCCUAGUUGAUAACGAUGAUCUUGACGAUGACGAUCUAUACGAGGAACUAAUCCCCGCUGGUAGAGUUGGAAACACCAGAAAUCUUGAUAAAUUCUACCGGAAUGGAUCUUCCGGCGUUGGAUUCCGGAUCCGGAUCCCAACCGGUGUGAGUGUUGCACAACCUGGAUCUAAAUUCUACGGUGGCCACCAUCAGAAAAUGAACAUGAACAAUAACCAGACGGAAUCUUGUUCUCGCGGUUAUAUCAACGGCGGAACGAGGCUUGUGAAGGAGAAGAUUGGGUUGGGGAAGAGAGAGAGGGAGAGAGAGGUAGAGAGAGAAAGAGACCCUAUUGGUGAAAUGGUGAAUGCUAUUAAGGUUUUGAGAGAUGGAUUUGUGAGGAUGGAGCAGAUGAAGAUGGAGAUGGCUAGAGAGAUCGAAACUAUGCGAAUGGAGAUGGAGAUGAAGCGAACCGAAAUGAUUCUUGAGUCUCAGCAGAGGAUUGUUGAAGCAUUCGCCAAAGCGGUAGCGGAGAAGAACAAGAAGAGGAAACUACAUACGGGUAAUAGUAACAUUAACAACAUCAACAACAUAGCUUCACCUUCAGAAUCGUAG